AUGUUGGAACGUCCAUUGUCGACGACGACUCUCAGGCAAAAACUGGAUGGCCUGGCUAAUCCCUAUGAGAAGGACUCCACAAAAGGACAAGAAGACACCAUAUUUGAACUGUUCAAAAUCCCCGGUAAAAACGAGGCCUCAAUUGGACGAUUGCUCACGGUGCUUAAAGCGUUUGGUCUUCGUAUGGAUGAUCCACGGCUCAAACCGAUGAUGCGAAAAUUGAAACAAAUCGAAAAACAGGAAGAGGAGAAGAUGAAUGAAGUGCUUGAACCGAAACACUGGAAACUGAACAAGGAACAAUUUAUAGAUUGUGUUGCCUGCAGUGUGAGCUUGAUCGUGCAGGCGUUACAAAAUGAUCUCGUUAUUCCUUCAUGGGGUGCAUUUGCAGAUGAAAUCCGCAGGAUCUAUGAUGAAUGCCUCGAAAUUCGUGACGGUACUGUGGCCAGUUAUAUACCUCAGUUAGCUCGGCAAUCACCUCAUCUGUGGGGAGUGUCGGUUUGCACAGUCGACGGACAAAGAGUACGUCAAUCGCUUUGA